AUGCUUUCUCGAGCACCAAAAAGUCGUGCGGGCUCCGCACCGCACUUUGCCCAUCAGCUAGCUGCUGCUGUAACAACUGGGCCGGCCGCAGCCGUAAAGCCACUACCGAUUCUAGCAAAACGCACGUUCUUCUCCUCAGCUCUGAGAGCAAAUGACGACAAUCCCACGCCCAAAUUCGUCAAACGCCCCGAGCCUGCACCCUCGUUCAACACCGAGGACACCUCUUCAGCAGAGAGCAAACAGCCUGCAACUCUGAUGGACGAUAGCAUGAUUGGUAUGUCUGGUGGCCAGAUUUUUCAUGAGAUGAUGCUCCGCCACAAUGUCGAUACCAUUUUCGGCUACUCGGGCGGCGCCAUCCUGCCCGUUUUCGACGGUAUCUUCAAUUCCCGCCACUUCAAGUUCAUCCUGCCUCGCCAUGAGCAGGGUGCAGGUCACAUGGCCGAGGGAUACGCUCGGGCCACCGGAAAACCCGGUGUCGUUGUCGUCACAUCGGGCCCCGGCGCUACCAACGUAGUCACCCCUAUGCAGGAUGCUCUUUCUGAUGGUGUGCCUAUGGUUGUUUUCACCGGCCAAGUGCCCACUACUGCAAUUGGAACUGACGCAUUCCAGGAGGCCGAUGUUGUUGGUAUUACUCGCUCUUGCUCCAAGUGGAACGUCAUGGUCAAGACCAUCGAGGAGAUGCCCCGCCGCAUCAACGAAGCUUUUGAAAUCGCUACUACGGGCCGCCCUGGUCCUGUGCUGGUCGACCUGCCCAAGAACGUUACCGCGGGCAUUCUUCGUAAGGCUAUCCCUACUGAGUCCACCAUCCCCUCUCGCAUUCUCGCUGGUCUUUCUACCACUACCGUCACUGAUGACCUAGUUAGCCGCCCUAUUGAGCGGGCUGCCGAGCUCCUCGCUGUUGCUGAGAAACCUAUUCUCUAUGUCGGCCAUGGUGCGAUGGGCGAUCCCCGCUCCGCUGAAGCUGUCCGUGCUUUGGCUAAGAAGGCUCAGAUUCCCGUCACCACAACUUUGCAUGGUCUCGGUGCCUUUGACGAGGAAGACCCUCUGAGUCUGCGUAUGGUAGGCAUGCACGGUUCUUUCUAUGCUAACCGUGCUAUCCAAAAUGCCGACCUUAUUAUUGCCGUCGGUGCCCGUUUCGACGAACGUGUGACGGGUAAGAUUUCCGAAUUUGCUCCGGCAGCCCGUUUGGCCGCCCUGGAGGGCCGCGGUGGUAUUAUCCACUUUGAGAUCACUGCGAAGAAUAUCAACAAGGUCGUUGAGACCACUGAGGCGGUUGAGGGUGACAUUGCUCAGACACUUCCCUUGUUUGUUGAGAAGGUCCACGCCGUGAAGAGCCGCCCCGAGUGGCUCGGCCAAAUCAAUGAAUGGCGCGACAAGCAGCCUUUCCGUUAUGAGGCUGACGACGAGGCUGCUGCUAUUCGCCCCCAGACAGUUAUCAAGACUCUUUCCGAAGUUGUUGCUCCUAUCAAAGACAAGGUUAUUCUGACUACCGGUGUCGGCCAACAUCAAAUGUGGGCUGCUCAGUUUUACAAGUUUACCCACCCUCGAACUAUGAUCACCUCUGGUGGUCUUGGCACUAUGGGCUUUGGUCUCCCUGCCGCUAUUGGUGCGAAGGUUGGUCGUCCUGAUUGCCAGGUGAUUGACAUUGAUGGUGAUGCUUCAUUCAACAUGACUCUUUCUGAGAUGGGCACUGCCACGCAAUUCAACAUUCCUGUCAAGGUCGUUGUCUUCAACAACGGCGAACAGGGUAUGGUCACCCAGUGGCAGUCCAUGUUCUUCGACGACCGUUUCGCCCACACUCAUCAAUACAACCCAUGUUUCAUGACCCUUGCCAAGUCAAUGGGCUGGAAAGGUAUCCGUGUCGAGAAGCUGUCCGACCUACGAGCUGGACUUGAAGAGCUUGUCCAGUCUACGGAGCCUACUAUUUUGGACGUUGUCGUUGACUCCAAGGUUCCUGUGCUUCCUCUUGUGCCCGGUGGAAAGGGCCUUGAUGAGUGCAUUGUAUAUGAUGAACAGGUCGAAAAGGAGCGCCGGGAGCUUCGUCGCGAGAGACUGGCACGUCUUGCCGAAAUCGAACGCCGCGAGUACGAGGGUUAA